AUGACCGACAACGCAUUUGUUUUCGCAUGCGAAGAGAGUCAAGCACCGGUUCAGUUAACUAUAUACAUUCCCGAGGGUUCGAGAGACACCCCGAUGCCACUUCAAAGUGUACCCAUCCACACCAAGCUCGGCGCACGUAUCAAACUACAACCACUCGAGGGAGAAGACGAAUACCACCUCGUUCCUGUCGGGUGUCCCAACCAAGUGAUCGCCGUGAGCCGAAGCGCCAAAGUCAAGAUGCUCACUCUGGCUUCUCCCGAUGAUACGCUGUCGUGUUAUACUCGAUGGAACCUGACUAAAAACGAAUCUGGUGCAUAUGAGUGA